AUGCAGGAAGCAGCCCUCCUCCUGUUUCUCCUGGGGGCCCUGUCAGCGGGAGAGGCGCUACACCUGAUUCGUUUACCUGCUACUAGUAAUGUGGCAGAGAAUUCUUUACCUGGGACUUCAGUGCAUAAGUUUUCUGUGAACUUAUCAGUAUCACUGUCACCUGUGAUCCCAGGGUUUCCCCUGAUAAUCAACACCAGUCCCCUCACUGAAGCCUUCAACGUGAACGGUCUGUCAGGCACCGAGUUUGAGGUUGUCACUACUGGGAAGGAACCACUAGAUUUUGAAACAGGACCAAACACAUUUGAUUUGCAGAUUUACGUUAAGGAUGACGUUGGUGUCACUGACCUUCAGAUCCUAACUGUCCAGGUAACAGAUGUGAAUGAGCCGCCUCAGUUUCUAGGCAACUUGGCAAAAGGUCUAGACCUCUACAUAGUGGAAGGAGCAAACCCUGGAUUCAGUUACCAGGUGGAGGCCUUUGAUCCAGAAGAUACAAGUCACAAUAUACCCCUCAGUUAUUUCCUGAUUUCUCCCUCGAAGAGCUUCGGCAUGUCUGCGAAUGGGACGCUCUUCUCCACAACAGGAUUUGACUUUGAAGCAGGGCAUAACAGUUACCUUCUCACUGUGGAAGUGAGGGAUAGCCAAGGGCUCAGAGCGUCCACCUGGCUGCGGGUGAACAUCGUGAACAUCAACGACGAAAUCCCACGCUUUACCAGCCCAACGCGAAUGUAUGUGAUUCCAGAGGAGCUGGGCACAGGAACCAUCGUAGCCAAUAUCACAGCUGAGGACCCUGAUAAUGAAGGUUUGACCGGUUUCCUCCUCUACAGCAUCACUACUGUUAACAGCUAUUUCAUGAUAAAUCAGUUGACCGGUUCCAUCCAAGUGGCCCACAGGCUAGACCGAGAUGCAGGUGAAUUAAGACAAAAUCCCGCCAUUUCUCUGGAAGUUCUGGUGAAGGACAGACCCUUCGGGGGUCAUGAGAAUCGCAUGCAGAUAACCUUCCUGGUGCAGGACAUUAAUGACAACCCUGCUACUUGCAGCAAGUUCACCUUCAGCAUUAUGGUGCCUGAAAGAGCAGCCAAGGGGACGUUGCUUCUGGACCUGGACACGGUCUGCUUCGAUGAUGACAGCGAAGCCCCUAACAGCCAGUUCAACUUCACCGAGCCAUCUGGAGUGGGGAGCCGCCGCAGAUUCUCACAGGAGCCAGCUGGCUCUGGGAAGAUGGUGUUGAUUGGUGAUCUCGAUUAUGAAAAUCCUAGUAAUCUAGCAGCCGGCAAUAUAUACAGUGUGACAAUCCAGGUGCAGGAUGUUGCCCCUCCCUACUACAAAAAUAACAUCUACAUUUAUGUCCUAACAAGCCCAGAAAAUGAGUUUCCUCUUGUCUUUGAUCAGCCAUCCUAUGUCUUUGACGUGUCAGAAAUAAGCCCAGCCAGAGCCCGGAUUGGACAGGUGCAGGCCUCUGACAAAGACUUCCCCCAGAGCAGCACCGUGUACUCCAUCUCCACUGGGGGGGCCAGCCCCCAGUACCCAAGCAUAUUUUGGAUUAAUCCCAAAACAGGAGAGCUCCAGCUGAUGACUAAAGUGGACUAUGAAACAACCCCCAUCUACAUUCUCAGCAUCCAGGCCACCAACCACGAGGACACCAGCUCCGUCACUGUUACUGUUAAUGUCCUGGAAGAAAAUGAUGAAAAGCCAAUUUGUAUCCCAAACUCUUAUUUCCUGGCCAUCCCAGUGGAUCUGAAAGUUGGCACAAACAUUCAAAAUUUCAAGCUGAUGUGUACUGACCGUGAUUCCAGCCCCAGGUCCUUUCGCUACUCCAUUGGCCCAGGCAAUGUCAACCGUCAUUUCACCUUUUCUCCCAAUGCUGGGUCCAACAUCACACGCCUGCUCCUGGCAACUCGUCUUGACUAUCCUGGUGGGCUGGACAAGAUCUGGGACUACAAGCUACUCGUCUACAUCACUGAUGACAACUUGCUGUCCGGCAGGAAGAAAGCUGAGGCUCUGGUGGAAACAGGGACGGUGACACUGAGUAUCAGCGUCAUUCCUCACCCAACCACGAUUGUCACUACGACCCCCCGGCCCAGGAUCACUUACCAGAUCCGGAGGACAAACGUUUACUCCCCGUCAGCAUGGUAUGUGCCCUUUGUCAUCACGUUGGGCUCCACGUUGCUUCUGGUUCUCCUGGUGGCUCUGGUCAUCCAGUUGGCCAAAGCCAUCCACAGACACUGUCCCUACAAGCCUGGGAAGCACAAGAAACCUCUGAUGAAGAAAGGAGAAAUGAAGAGCACAAAGAGAGAAGUGGUGGUGCAAACCAUCCAGAUGAGCACUGUCUUCGAUGGUGAAGCCACAGACCCAGUUACUGGUGCAAAGUAUGAAUUCAACUCAAGAACUGGAGCCAGAAAGUGGAAAGGUUCCUUAAUGCAAACAUCAAACUGGAAAGAGUCCAGCCACCCGGGGGCUGCUGCAAGCAGCGCUGUCUCCGCGGGAGGGACCGGGCCACGGAGGAGCACCCACAAGGAAGGAGAUGGGCUGAGCGGCCAAGCACAGGCUGCGGAUGGAGGCCCAGACUCCAGAAACGACCAUGGCAAGCCGGGCAUCCCAAAGGACAGAGACCCCGCCCUCCAGAGCAGAGCUUCCCCCAAACCUCGCCCAGGGAAGUGA